UGGCCAAUAGGUACACUAGCUUUAAUAGAACCAUCCAAUCACAAAGCGUAAUUUACAGAAAUGGCCCUGCCCCAUGUCCCCGUCUUCUGUAGAGGCGAUAAUACGUAGUUUGCGUAGCGCUGUAUGCAGCCUGGGCUUACCAGAUACAGUUUUGACGUAUCUCCAGCUGUGAAUGGCCGCGUGUAGCUGUCAAUCACAGGCCAUUUAAAUGACUACGCAGUGUCAGCCUGAGAAGUGUGUGAUCUGCAGACUGAACCGGAAUAGAGGAAAGGCCUGAAGAUGAUCAAAGAAGAGGACGAGGAUGGCAAUAGCCAGCAAGGAGAGGAGCAGCUCCGCCAGCGCUACGAGGAACUCUGCAGCACCCUUAAUAUGGACGAGAGGGCCCGAGUGGAGGCCUGGGAGAGCUACGGGAGGAUGAGCCAGAACUACACGCUGGAGGGAAAUGCCCUGCAUUGGCUUGCUUGUGCACUAUAUGUAGCCUGCAGACAAACCGUGCCAACAGUGGGCAGAGGGACCGUGGAAGGAAAUUAUGUUUCGCUCACUCGGAUCCUCACCUCCUCAGAAUUAAGCUUGAUUGAGUUUUUCAAUAAAAUGAAGAAGUGGGAGGACAUGGCCAAUCUGCCUGCAGAUUUCCGUGAGAGGACCAAGAAGCUAGAGCGCAACUUCACGGUCACUGCUGUGCUUUUCAAAAAGUAUGACCCUAUCUUCCAAAAGAUCUUCAAAAACAGCCAGGAGGAGCAGCCGCGUCAGCACAGGGGCCGGAAACAGCGGCGCCAGCCCUGUACAGUCUCUGAAGUGUUUCAAUUUUGCUGGGUGCUGUUCAUCAAUGCAAAAGGAAACUUCCCAAUGAUAAGUGAUGAUUUAGUGAACUCUUACCAUCUUCUUCUCUGUGCUUUGGACCUUGUCUAUGGAAAUGCCUUGCUGUGUCCUAAUCGCAGGGAGCUUCUGAAUCCCGCCUUCCCAGGGCUUCCUGAGGAUUUUUCCAGUAAGGAUUUCAAACCACCAUCUGAACCGCCUUGCAUCAUUGAAAGUCUUUGUUGUCUCCACCACGGUUUGCUUUUGGAAGUCAAAGGCAUUAAAGAACAUUUCUGGAAGCCAUAUGUUCAUAAGCUGUAUGACAAGAAGAUCCUUAAAGGAAAAUCGGAAUCACUGACAGGAUUCUUGGAUCCAGGAAAUUUUGCUGACAGUUUGAAGGCCAUUAAUAAGGCAUAUGAGGCUUUUGUGCUGUCUGUUGGCCACCUGGAUGAGCGAGUGUUCCUAGAAGAUGCAGAAGAGGAGAUUGGAAGUGUGGGACGCUGUCUGAAUCCUGAUCUGAGAGCAGAGUCUGUAGAGAGGACCCAGGUGUCUUGCCAUUUGCAGCAACAUUUUGACAGGAUGAAGUCACUUCGGAUUUCCACGCCGCUCACCUCCCUAAAAUACAUUAAAGAAAACAAUCCGUACACCACGCCUGUGUCCAGCGCCACAUACAGUGUCAGACGCUUGUUUGGCAUCUUAUCAGGACUAAAACCUGCUCCGAGCGAGAGGCUUCUCCAGAUGAUGAGAUCCUGCUCUAGGAACCCCUCACAGAUGAUAUCAAAAUGUGUGAAAGAUAUGUUUGAUGUGUUUUGUGAACAUACUGUAUCUGAAGGAGGAGAGACUCAGUACUGCAAAGACAUUGCAAAGAAAUACUUCAGGCUGGCAGAGGUGCUGUACUACAAAGUUCUGGAAUCCAUUAUUGAGCUGGAGAAGAAACGGCUGGGUGAUGUGGAUCUCUCUAGUAUUCUGGAGCAAGAAAUCUUCCACAAGUCCCUUCUGGCAUGCUGCCUCGAAAUUACCAUCUUUUCCUACAAGCCUCCAGGCAACUUCCCUCAAAUCAUGGUCAUGUUUGAGUUGGCACCCUACCAUUUCUAUAAGGUGAUUGAACUUCUUAUUAAGGCAGAAGAAGGCUUAUGUCGGGAAGUGAUAAAACACCUUAACCAGAUAGAGGAACAGAUUCUAGAGAGUAUGGCAUGGGCAGAAGACUCAUCAUUAUGGGACAAAAUUAAAGACAACAAAGGCAAAGUUCCAUUGUGUGAAGAGGUCAUGCAGCCACACCACUUUGAACAGUCUGCUGGUAACAACAUAGCCAGUUCCUCAGCUCCUCUUACUCCAAGAAGAGUCAAUGAGAUCCGUGCAGAUGCAUCUGGCCUAGGAAGAAACCCCUCAUCUUCACCCACAUUAUGUGAACGAUACAACUCGCCGGUUGCUGGCACAGCUCGAAGACGACUCUUUGUAGACUCAGAGAGUCCUUCUGAUGGAGGAAGCCCAGCACAAGCUUCUCCACACUCUUCUGGGGAAACGAACACCACACCAGUUCCUGGGCAGACACUAGUAACAAUGGCUACUGCUACAGUUACAGCAAACAAUGGCCAGACAGUCACCAUCCCUGUGCAAGGUAUAGCAAAUGAAAAUGGAGGAAUUACAUUUUUUCCAGUACAAGUUAAUGUGAGUGGACAAGCUCACAAUGUGGCUAGUGCCAUACAGCCACUCACAGCCCAGACCCUUGCUGGCUCAUUAACUACUCAGCAGAUGCAAGUUGCAGGACAAGUAACUAUCCCGCAGGUCUCUCCAAGAAAGCAAAAUCUCUGCAGCAAAAUGAUGAAGGCAGGAUCUUUGUCUCUCUUUUGUAGAAAGGUUUAUCACUUGGCCAGUGUUCGUCUUCGUGAACUCUGCCAUAAGUUGGAGGUUUCUGAUGAUCUUCGUAAAAAGAUCUGGACUUGCUUUGAGUUCUCUCUUGUCCAUCAUUCCUCUUUGAUGACAGACCGACAUCUGGACCAGCUUUUGAUGUGUGCAAUCUACAUGAUGGCGAAGGUGACAAGAGAAGAUACAUCUUUCCACGACAUUAUGAGAUGUUAUCGUACCCAGCCUCAUGCACAGAGUCAUGUUUACAGAAGUGUCCUAAUAAAGGCAAGGAGGAGGCGACAAUCUGGUGGUAGUGACCAUUCAACAUCAGAGAACAACAGAGAGCUUGGGAGCAGAGAGCCUAGUCCAGUAAUGCGAUCCAGUAGCACUUUACCUGUACCUCAGCCGAACAGUGCCCCGCCAACACCCACACGACUGACUGGAGCCAACAGUGACAUGGAAGAGGAGGAGAGAGGAGACCUCGUUCAGUUUUACAACAACAUUUACAUUGAAAAAAUGAAAAACUUUGCAAUGAAAUACACACAGCCAAAUGCGCUUGAAUCAACACCUCUUUCUCCCUACCCGUCCAUGCGGAUCCUGUCCCCGCGACGUGUGCAGCUGUCUCACAGUCACCCCAUCUACAUUUCCCCUCACAGUGAAGAAAACACCAGCUCAUCACCUCGGGAAAAGAUAAGCUACUACUUCAACUUAAGCCCAGCUAAGAGAUUGCAGGAGAUUAACAGUAUGAUCAGAACAGGAGAGACCCCCACUAAAAAACGGGGCAUUCUGCUGGAAGACGGGAGUGAAUCGCCAGCCAAGCGGAUAUGCCAAGAAAACCAUAGUGCCCUUUAUAGGAGACUACAAGAUGUGGCCAAUGACAGGGGAACUUUAUGAUCUAGUUAGAGUCUUGGACUGUCUAAAUUCAGUAUUUUAUAUAAAUUAUUAUUAUUUUUUUAAUAUUAUGUAACAUAAGACAUCAGGACUGUCAAUGUCAAACAGAUUGCCCUGAAAUAUUAAACUGAUCUCUUUGCAAUUAGUGGGAUUAUGCAUUGACACGGAGAAGAAACAUUUACUAAAAUGUGUUGAGCACUUAGGUAGUAGGCUGCCAAUAGGUUGUACCAGAUAUUUACAUACAGAGUCCCAACUUGAAAAUGGACCCUGUAUCAAGCGAAGACCUAAAUGUACCCUUCUAUCGUAAAUGGAGUAAGGAAAAGCUCAAGGAAACAAAAUCUUACAUUGAACUAGUAAUGGUAUCUAGCAAAUAGUGAACACACUGGCCUGUACUUUUGAUAAGUUCAAAUCCAGGCCUAUGCAGAAGAUAAGGUCACAGAAUUAUAGGGAUUUACUUAGAGUGGUGUAGAAGAUCAGUGUCAUGAUGAAUAGUAUGGUCAGGCAGCAGGCACUGUACACAUCCCCCUAGAAUCGGGGUUAUUACAACAAUAUUCAUGUUUACCAGAGUAUUUCUAUACUAAAAAAAUACAUAGGCUCUUUUUUGGAAAAUGCUGUUGCCAAUUAGGUGCUGUGCUAAUUAAAAUGUUUUAAUAUUUUGAGGCAUAACAAACAUGUAAAUCAGGAGUGUUAACAUUUCCCUGACUUCACAGAAAAGUGCUUGUUCCAGGUCAUUAAAUGAGAAGAGGCUAGAGGCAGCCAAGCAACUAGCAUUCCAUCAUUGGCAGUCACUCGGUUUUUUAAGAAGGAGAUUUUCUUUAAUGCUGAUCCUUAGGUACAGUUUUCAGUUUAAUGCAUGCCUCGUUGGCCACAAACAAUAGAAAUCCACUUUUUAUGCAAUUAAUACAUAUGCAGAGCCAGUUAUUAUAUUUCAAAGUAGCAAUGAUGUCUUUCUCAAAACUCUGGGAGCGCGCCUUUUGUGGCCUCACAUCAUUUCCGAAUGACGCGUAGGCUGCUCUAGGGAAACUGCACUUUCCAUCACGCCCACCUCUGCAUUCAUUGGGUGGGAAGAUUUGAUCUGCACUUUUUUUGGUUAGUACUUGGCAGGCUUUGGGUCGUUUUUACUGAUUUGCAUAUUUUGCCCAUCAGCUUUAAUGGGCAUGUAUGGGUGACAGACUAGGGACCUCACACAGAGCACCCCCAUAACAGUUUUUCAGACUGAGGCAAAGUGCCAGAGCUCUCUCAGGUUGGAUUACUCAAAUAUCUAAUUGUAAUAAUCAAAGGACUGAAGUUAGGAAACACCAACUUCUUGCAUUUACACUAUAUUUGUGUAGCCAGAGUUCAACUCUAAAUAAAAUUUAAAUUCUUUGAAGAUAUUGCAGAUGAUCUGUAUCCAUAUCAGAUCUUACCCUAAUGUAUAGUAAUCCUAAACUUUGUAAAAAGCCUGUAAAUUGGUAGUCCUAAUGAAAUGCAAGGUCCUACAAAUACCUGCACUCAGUUUUCACUAUCUCUUUUUAUACUUAGGAAGAUCAAAUAUAAAAACCUUAACUAUUGUAAAUCAAGCGAAAGGUUUCCUAUUAGUUCUUCAGUACUGAUUUGAAGCCUGAUGCUCAGUAAGGACAUGCAGUAGGAGGAGGGUCAGCCCUUGACUUUUGAGUUAUAAGUUGAGAUUUAAAAUGUUGAACACCACCAGUGAAAAUAACAAAAGAUGACAUGUUAACAUUGAGAUCUGUCUAUUUAAUACAUAUGUUGUAGUAAGGAGAGGUUUAUAUCAAAGAUAACUUGUUAAGUGAGAAACAUAUAGGGUGCCCCUAUGGGUCUUUCCUGAAAAUGUAUAUGGGAACUUUAAAGUGGAUGUAAACCCUCUCCUAUACCCAGUGAAUUGAACAGCCUCUGAUGAUACACAGAGAAGAAACAAAUCUCCUUACAUAAGUUUUACAUGUAUAUCUGCAGUCUUCAGCUUUCUAGACUCUUUGGAAUAAAGUACACAUCCUGUUAGAAAAUGUUCUUCCUGUUUCAGCAGUGGGAGGGGAGUCUGGACAUACACUGUGUGACAGCUGAUUGAAGGAAAGGCCCACACACCCCUCCACAUAGGCAGAGGAAAGAAGAAACAGGCAAAGCUGUGCUGUGACUAGACAAGCUCCCUGCUUAUAUGUCUCUAAGCUUCCUAACCGACACAAAUUUCCAGCUGCUUUUAUCUCCUGUGUUGGAGAACUUGUCACACGUUAUCAUGCUGAUAACAGAGGAACGGAGCAAAUCAGAUUUCAUGAAUGGGGUUUAUAUCCACUUUUUAUGGAUUUUCUUUGACUCAGUGUAUGAAAGCAGGUAGGUCAGCAGAACAGCUAGGCAACAACCCCUUUUAGGCCUCAUGCACACUAGACGUUGUGUUACCUCUCUUGGAUGCUUUUCCUCCUGGCAGCAGCUCUUUGGCAGAAAAAACGCUUGAUGCUUCUACUAAUACAAGUUAAAUAUUUUAUUCUGGCCGUUGAAAUACUCAAGCGCUAAACGCAUCUAGUGUUAACAAGUGUCAAGUGUUGUUUCUGCCAAAACUCUGCUGCUCCUGGAUAUGCUGGUAGUGUUUUUUUUUUCUGCCUCUAAAUGCCUAUGUGUGCAUGGGCACAUAAGCUAACAUGCAGGGGUAUUAAGAGGCAGAAAAAAACUCCCGGUGUCUCUAAUAACCAUUUAAAAUACUACCAGUGUCCACGAGGCCUUAGAAUAAGGUCAGCAAUGGCAGCAUCCUUUAUUCUCUGAUUACAGUGUUACUUUAGGAGGGAUGACAGAUAACGCGUUAGCUACUAAUAAAUAGCUUCAAAUAUAAUGAACUAGUGGUUAUAAGCAUGAGUUACACAGUCUUUGUGAGCAGACCGUUGGGGGACCAAUCACAGAUUUCUCACUAGGUGAUGAAGAUGUAAUAAUAAGGUGUUUGCAAUGUUUUUUCUAAAUCAUAUUUUGUUAGCAUUCAUGUGUGAAUGAAUAUUGGCAUAUUUAAUGUUAUUUCAGCCUAACAAACUGUAAAACAAUUUAUGCAGUUCAACUGCUAAUUUACUAUUGUCCUGAAGAUAACAUAAUGAAAAUGCUUCUGAACACAAAUGCUUUGAUUGAAAAUGAGACCAUGCGUCCCGCUCUACUUGAUGGUAAAGUGUUUUCCAUUAGUCCUCACCAUUCAACUUAGUUGAAGCUUCUGAACCCAACCAAAUGCACUCCACACUCCCAUUCUGAUAAGUGUUCACUGCGUGGUGUUUUUGCAUUUUUGUUUAGCUUUGAACAUUGUGUGAAACAAUCGGACCAUAGUUACCUUUUUUAUUUAUAUUGCAUUGCACGAUCAUAUGCAUGUGUUCAAAUGAAAAACGCAGAAUUUGACAAGAAAAGGCUGUUUGACCUGCUUUGGCUGCAUUUCCAAUGCAUCUCAAUAGAAUUUGUUAUGUGUGAAGAAAGCAGGUCAAACGCAAGCUUUAAGCUGUCAUCCAUGGAGUCCAUUGAAGUCAAUAGAAAUCUAAUGACCUUUGUUUGGGGUGUGCUUCAAACACACAUCAAAUGCAGGAAAACAACAUCCACCUACUUGAGCCCUAAGAUCUCCUAUUGCCCUAGUUAUUAGUUUAGUGUUGUAUAAAUAUCCUAGAGACAAGCCGGGACUGCUAGCUGGUGGAAUUUUUUUUUUUUUUUUUGCAUGGAUUUUUGUAACUUUUAAAUACAUACUGUAGAUGUGAAUUCAUAUGGAGCAUAUUAUAAUUGAGACCAGACUAAAGGAAAAAAAAAUUGAAAGUUGUAAGUUAGGCGACAGUAACCCCCAACCCUACUACAGGUGUGACCAUAUUAUAAAAAUUAUUGUAACCCCAAGGUGCUAAUUUAGUUUUAAAAAAUGAUUUUAGAAAAUAUUUUUAAAAUAAUAUUAGCAAAAAAAAAAAGAAAAAGCCACUAAUUAUUGGAAAUCCUGGUAGAAUUGACAAAGCAAUGUGCAUUUUUUAAAAUUUAGUAUUACAUGAAAAAGCAUAUAAAAAAAAGAAACUGCAUUAAUUCUUUUAACAUAUAAAUUAUUUAAUUUAUUUAAACUUACUGUUUACUGGGUCUUCUGUUAAAUAGUUAAACUGCAUGUAUCCAUGUUUUUCUGUUUUUAAAGGACACCUGUCAUGAGAGAAAUAUGUAGGGUGCCGUUACUGAUAAUCUUUUGAGAAUACUAGAUGUAUAGCUGUAAUCCUGGCCACUUGGCCUCGGUGUCACUGACCUAGAACAAAUAUGAAGAGUUGGAGUUCUGACUUCACUGGCUGCAUAACCGUUCCCAGAUUUUCAACAAGGUAAUAAUCAUUUUCUGACGGUCAACAAUGGCAGCUUGGCACAUUAGUCUGGGUGAUGUUUUGCUAGUUUUCAUCAUGAGGCUCUUAGCAGUAAUCAAACCCAGCAAGCCCUAUAGCUCUUCAAAGUGGCACUAAGUCACUAAACUAUCUGCUACCCUGCACCCCCUAACAUAUAACCCUCCUGAACCCCUAAUUCUCAACCUGACCCCUAAAGUAAUUUAAUGCUUAAUUUUCACCCAACAUUCAAACCUAUCCUGUGCCCCGACACUUAAAACCCCUCCUAGGGGAAGGGUCAGGUUAACACUAAACGUACCCCUUCUUCACGUGCCUAAUGCUGAGCUGCCACAUUGACUUUAAUUUGGAAAGAUUUGCAUAAAAACAAACCACUGCUGAGUUUAUAGCAGCAAAAGCUACAAUCUAAUAGCAGCCCCAAUGUUUUUCUCAUGAAAUGUGCCCUUAAAAAUAAUCCAGAUUGUAAAGUAGCCUUCUUUUUGCUUAAUAAACCAUGUUAUGUAUAUAAAUGCUAAUGUUUAAAAUGUAUUUGCUGUACAAACAUGCUUGCUAAUGAAUAACACUUUAUAUUGAA